AUGGUGGAAAGGUGUAAUCGUGCUGGCAUUAGAAUAAUAGUAGACGUUGUAUUGAAUCAUAUGGUUGGAGUGAAUAUGAAAAGUGGCGAAGAUGGACGAUACUCGAGCGCUGGUACCGACUUUGACAGCCGAGAGGAAGUGGAGAGCUUCCCUGGAGUGCCUUAUACGAAAGUUGAUUCCAAUGAUUACCGCUGCAAAAGAGGCAUUAAGGCUGAAGAUUAUCAGCGCAGUGCUGUAAACGUGAGAAAUUGUCGUCUUACUUCUCUGCUGGAUUUGGAUCAAGGCCGCCCUUGGGUACGGAAAAUGAUGACUGGUUACCUCAACAAGUUGAUUGAGUACGGUGUCGCAGGCUUUCGGUAA